AUGGGAUUUAAAAGAUAUGUCUCACGAGAAGGGACGGUGCAAUUCUGGGAUCCGGACACAACGCAUCUGCGAUCUGGCAUGAGCAUCGGCUCUACCACGGUUGCCACAUCUCCCCCUGAUGGCAGGCUUCUAUUCGCAGUUUCAGAACAAGGUCGACUCCAAGUAUGGAAUCUCGCACGCCCCACCUUUCGUACGAGCUUUGAGGAUGCUGAUUUGGAGUACUGGGGAACUGACACUUGCGUGGCAUGGCUUCCGCAGACUGGCACUCAUGUGAUGGUCGCUUCAACGAAGGGGAUCCGGAUUUGGGAAGCCAGCACCGGAAAGUUGCAGAAGAAGUUCGAAUCAUCCGAAGACCAAUCCCUCCCUUUUAAACAAUUCUCGACCAAGAUGACAAUAUCUCCCCAUGGGAACUUGAUUCUCGCCUAUCACAGUUCAGCACUCAUUCUGGAAUGGAUCUCAGGUGCCUCGAUGGUGGGGAAUGACUUGGUUCAUAAGACGGGAUCUUUUCGUGCCCUGUCUCCAAAUGGUACAUUCAUGAUCACUGUGGAGCGGAACUCCCUGCUAGUUUGGGAUAUGAAAACUCAAGGGCUUCAUUGA